CAUUGAGAUGUUGAUGAAUGAUGAUAGUCAAUUAUCUAUCUAAUAUAUGCAAAAUGUCGUCGCAAAAUAUUUAUCCGAUGCCCCAACUCGUCGACUCAUGCCUUCUCUCUCCGGUGUAAAGUUGUAAACUUGACAGGGGUCUCCUCUCUUCUGCACAUAACUCUCAGAUCAAUGAAUAGGUUCUUCAACAUUCUUUUAUUUUUUAUUAUUUAUUAAUUUCUUUUGCUGCUAGUGCAGUGCUAGUGCCAGAUCCCCUAUCCCUUACUCUCUCCCCCAUGGAAAUCACUGCAAUAUAAAUUAAAACUAUAGUUGCUUCUGUUUUAAUUUUCGCGCCAUGAUUGCUCUUCGGCAUUCAUUUCUACAAACUUCAGAUCCUCUGCGACCCAGAAGCCUUACUCCUUUACCUUCAAACGCUGAUGUCCUCUAAGAAAAUGUUAGUCUUGCUAUGGUUAUGAAGCGAAUCUUAGCGACAUGCCUUCGCCUUCCAAGUCGUUUUAUCUCCGCCCAACGGGGCUCUUUUAUGCUCGGAGAUCCUCGAUUUUGGUCUUCUGCCUUCUUAUUGGAGUCACUGGCUUUGCUUUUGGAUUGGUCGCCAUUCUGAAGCCCACUUCUGGGUAUAAAUGUAGGAAUGGUGAAGCUAGAUCUGUUUCUGUUGUUUGGGAGAGAAGGAACGAUGUUGGCGAUCAGAACCAUGUUGAUUCUGAUGGAGAUCAGAAGAGAUAUAAGGUGAUGGGGUUUGUGGGAAUUCAGACUGGUUUUGGAUCCGUUGGAAGGCGAAGGUCGUUGAGGAAGACUUGGAUGCCUGCUGAUAAGCAAGGGCUUAAACGUUUGGAAGAAUCUACUGGAUUGGCCUUUCGUUUUGUCAUAGGGAGAACAAAUGAUCAAUCAAAGAUGUCUGAGCUCAGAAAAGAGGUCGCAGAGUAUGAUGAUUUCAUGCUCUUAGAUAUUGAGGAGAAAUACAGCAAGCUUCCUUACAAAACGUUAGCUUUCUUUAAAGCUGCUUAUGCACUUUUUGACUCUGAAUUCUAUGUUAAAGCUGAUGAUGAUAUAUAUUUGAGACCAGAUCGCCUUUCACUACUCUUGGCAAAGGAGCGUUCUCACCCUCAGACUUACCUUGGUUGCAUGAAGAAGGGCCCAGUAUUCACUGACCCCAACCUCAAAUGGUAUGAGCCUCUAUCUUAUUUGCUAGGAAAGGAGUACUUUCUCCAUGCUUAUGGUCCUAUAUAUGCUCUUUCUGCAGAUGUGGUAGCAAGCUUAUCUGCUUUAAGAAAUAACAGUUUCCGAAUGUUCAGCAAUGAGGAUGUUACAAUUGGUGCAUGGAUGCUUGCAAUGAAUGUCAACCAUGAGCACAAUCAAGCAUUAUGUGAAACAAAAUGCACACUAUCAUCCAUUGCUGUGUGGGAUAUUCCCACAUGUUCAGGGCUCUGCAAUCCAGAAAAGAAGUUACUAGAACUUCAUGAAAUGGCGAGCUGCUCAAAAAGUCCAACGCUAGAUUCCAACAAGUAGCCUCUUUACUCCUACUACUGCAUUUUACAGCAUAAUGAUAGCCUCUUCUUCGAGCUGUGGAAUUCUUAAGAAUAUGAAGACUUGGAAAUGUCUGAUGAAACAUGUGUAUCAUACCCAUCUACAUGCUUAUUGGAGAAAACAUUGCUGCUUACUCCUAUGUUCUUGCAAUCUAGAGAAAUGAUGCAAACUGCAAAGUGCAUGGAUUAA